CCGACCCGUCUUGGUUGCUCCAGUUUCACCGUUGAGAAACAUCAACAUAGUAACCCGGGAAAGGCGACCUCAGACGCGGGUAGCCACAUUUCUUUUCCAGGAAUCCCACAGCUGAGACUGGGUAUUUGGUUGCCCUGGAUGAAGGCAAAAACAACAACAAACGGGUACAUGUCGCUGAAAAAGUUGCUACAGCUCAGUUGGCACAACUGGUAGCUAAUGUUCCGCUGGCUAACGCUAACGUUAGCAAACAGACUGCUGAACCAAACUGAACAAGUUUGAAGAAGUUAGGAUUUUACUGAUCAUGAAACCACCAGCAUGAAUGUGGACAUCUAGACACAUCGGGUCGUUUCCGUAAAGGUGAAUGAGAGAGAUGAGGAGCAGCAAGAGGACUGAGGCGUCUCUUAAAAGCUCUGCUCAGCAGCUCACUGAUCACAAUAUUGGCACAGAGCCGACAACUGCAUGGAAAAGUUUGGCUCAGUCCAAAGCUGCUUUGCGGCACAUAGAAAACUGUCUAGAGGCAACUCCAGGGUCAUCGGUUCUCCUGGACUCUGUCAUGGACCCCCCCAAGAAGAAAUCCUCCAGAACAGUCCGCUGCAGGGAUGGACGACAAGUUGAUGACAUUGGAGGGUCUUCAAAGCGCAGGGGGCGUAGUCAGCAAAGUCCAGAAAAGAGCAGCUCACGCAGCCCGCUGAGAAAUGCCACCCAGGACAGCAAUGUCCGCAAGAACAACAGCGUGGAGUUCAGGGAACCGCUGGCCUCGUACAGAGAGGCCACCCCGCCACCACAUCCCUCCUCUCAGCUGGAGGCCUACAGCCUGCAGUCAGUGCCAGGGUCUUCAUACCCAACCUCUCCACCUCCCUCAGAUCCUCUGCUUAGCCAGCUGGUCUACCAGCGAGACACCAGGGACAAACAGACAGACAGGGACCUGGACAGCACACACUCCUCGGCUCUGGAGAGCACCGAGGUCCGCUACCUCAAUGACCAGCCAGCCUUGGACACCCUGAGGACUGUUGCAAACUUGUCACAUCCGACAGGUGUAAGAGUCCCUGCAAGGGAGGGGGCUAAGGAGGACAGCACUCCCAAAGCACAAUUUUCCCGGAGCAUGGAUAGCCAAGAGUCAAGCCCAUGUCUAGCUCCAGCCCCAGGCUCCAUUCGCCGAGGGGAGAACACUCCCUCCACCAGCCCUGGCUCAGCCUCCCAGCGGUUGGAGAACCUGAGGCGACAUCAGCCUGAUGAUAAGCUGGAGAAGCUCAAAGAGCGUAUUCGAAGGCAGAGACAACAUCUGGAGGAGGCUGCAGAGAGAGAGAAGCUGCUGGGUUAUCUGGAACAGCCCAUAAUGGCACCUGUGGGGAGUAACAAUGGCGGUACAAGCAACAUGCCUACAGCCAAAAUACGGAAAGUAGCAGCUGCACCGCCGGCACCUAUAUACAAAGGUUUCAACAGUACUGAGACAAAGAUCCGGACUCCUGAUGGGAAAGUUUGGAAAGAGGAGGAGUAUCAUAACCUCAGUAGAGAGAUAUACAGAGAUUUGUCCCGACAGUUUGCUGAGAGUACCAGAUCCAGGCAUCAGCAGCAAAGGGAACAGAGAACAGACAGGCCCAAAGACAGGAGGGCUCCCAAACCAGUGAGGAAGGUCCACAGAGCUGCUCCCGCCUCUGACCUAAAUGCAAAACCAGUAAUUAGCCCUGCUUCAUGGCGGGAGGGCCAAAAGCUGGUGAAGAUGGUACUGGGUCCAGUUCCCAGGCUGUCUAGAGAGGACACGUCCCAGCCAGAUGAUAGACUGAGCAGAACAGCUUCCCGUCACCGCUCCAGUUCACACCCAUGCUCAGAAUCAAACCAACGAUCUCGUCCUAACAGCACGGAAAGGUCUCGCAGUGCAUUUCAGGGGCAAUCCAGAGGCCACUCCACAACCCCAUCUACCCCCUCAUCUGCAGCUCAGGACAAGGCACCAAUGGGUGUAAGCACAGACCUGUUGUCAGCAGACAUCCAGGGGAUACUUAACGACCUUCAGCUGGAGUGCAAAGCAGCGGAGAGGGAGGAGAGGGCCCGACAAAGGUCCCGGGGAGGGAACGGUGGUAGAAGAGGGAGAGGAGGAUCAGGGUCACGAACAAGGACUCCAGUCUCUGCUUGGGGAACUACUGUGCCAACAGGUAGCUCCUCAAGAGGCUGCCGCAGCGCCAGCCCCACUACACACAGACCAGAGACUGUUAACAUGGCUCACACAGGGCAGAAAAAGCGCCAUUAUGAUGCAGAUACCGUUCGUCAGUACAUUGCCAGGCAACAAGAGGACAGAAAGAGGCGUCAAGCUGAAGAGAAGAGGGCAAUGAGAGAGGAGGCAGAAAAGAGAAACCAGAGGCUGCAGGAGCUGUACAGGAAGCAAAGAGAAGUCGCUAAAACAGUGGCCCUUCCCAGCGAGUCACCUGUAGCCCCUGUACAAAAGCGAUUACAGGAGACCUACAACAAAUUGCUGCUGGAAGAGGCCCAGCUGGGCGAGGAGGCUACACAGUUGCAACCUGCUGCUUCUUCUAGUCAAAUGAGGCCGAUGUACCAGCCCUCAGGAGAGUCGGAUAAAGAGAAUAAAAGACUAGAGCCACCACAGAGCCCCUCAAGCAGUGAUAGGUCUUUGAAUGAUCAGCCACCUCCUCCAUUGUCCAGGAAUGAUUUGGAUGUUGGAGUUUCCUCCUUGUUUCAACCAGACCGCCUGAGCCCAGCUGUUCGACCUAGCACUGGUCCCAAUAGCAGUGCACUAGCACCUGCUAGUGACCAUCUCCUCUCUCAGCUUCUCAGGCUGGAGACUGCGAUGGCAGCUGGUGACAUCAGGCACACCCAGCGGCCAGCCACAGCACCUUCCAACAGGUCGCAGUCCAAAAUGUCCCGCAUAGAGACCAUCAAGGCCACAGCCGCAUCCCUCUCUAACCGUAUAGAGAGUGAGGCACGGAAGCUUGCUUGGGAAGGAAUCAACUAUGGUACAGCAACUUCAAUGGACGUGGAUUCUAUUUUGCCUCCUAGGUCCUCUCAGGCUAAUCUUGAUGAUGGAUGCUGGGCAGAAACAGCUCUUCGUGCCCCGACAGAAAAUAAUGACAUGGCAUUUACAAUCCAGAGGAUUUUGACUAGCACAGGUCAUAGCUCAUACAAUGGCACUGCUCUUCCAGGAGCAGGAAAUCUGCACACCUUCAGGGGACAGAAAGAAAAGAAUGGUACGCACCCCAGUUUGAUCAAUCCACAAACAACUUCUGCUGAUCUAACAGGGCACAUCAUUAACAGUUAUACACAAGAAAGGAGGAAGCUCGUCAAUGGCUCAGAGAAGGUAGAGAGAAUAGAUAAAAUGCCACAAAGGAGGGAAUAUGGAGCAGUGGAGGACAAGGGGGAGAAACGGACAGAUCUCCAUGACUCGAGUGCAGGUUCCAUUAGUGAGGGUCCCCUACUGAGUGAAGGGAGUUUCUCUGAGGAUGAAGUAAGCCCCCCUCACCCUUCCAGCCAUCGUGUACCUAGACCAGCAGAUUGCCUGGAGGCAGUGGACUACUGUGCGGGUCAAAGAAGAGAUUACCAGCGUCUCUCCGAGUUCCAGAGGGAGGCAGCAAAGUGCUCGGCCUUCAGCCCAACCUUUGCUCAGCAGGACGGCAGCAAAGCAGCCUGGGAGGAGCUGAACAAAGGAAGCCCUCUAAGUGUAAUCAACAUUUUCACUAAGAACCUUCAAGGCCAUCAUAAAGCGAGUGAGAGGAACUCUCCCUCUGCCCAUUCUGUGCACUCUGGAAAUUACCCCAGAGACGCAGCAGUCUAUGAAGAUGACUUUGUGUCAUCUCAUAGCAGCGGAGCCAGUGGUCAGUUAAAGAGAGGCUCCAAUUCACCGAGCAUGAACAGUCACUUUGAGGAGCUAAUGAGGAGGUCUCCUUAUGAGAAAAAUACAGGAGGCAUCAAUUCCCACCAUUCAUCUAUUCACUCACCGCAUCUUUCCUCGGGCUCUGCAUCUGGAUCCUCACCCCUUUCAAAGCACUCCACUAGAAAAAGAGGCACACCAUCAGACCAAAGUGAUGCCACUCUGGUGGAAGAGCAGAGGAGUUCCUGCUCACCCCCUUCAGAAGCAUUAUCCUCUGACUCCAGGAAGAGGGGCUCAGAAAAAAGCUCUGCCCACAGUCAAGCCAAGAGUGUCCACUCUAAUGACACACUAGGGGAGGCUUCAGGGCAUUCUCACCACAGUUUGGGGCUGGAUGGUAAGAAGUCUCCAGCAGCACAGCCCAGACUGGCUUCUCCCUCUGGCUUUCCAGACUCUGGUUCUCCUCCAGGAGCAGGCUCUCCCAGUGAGCCUCUGAGAGGUGGCUCUCUGCUCGGGGCAGCUAACCUGAAUACAGGUACCUCAGCUCGCAGUGGAAGAGCAGAGACCAGGACCACAGGUGAACUACAAUAUUCGCCUGCUGUCUUGCAGCAGCGUAUGACAGCAGAGCUCCAGUACCUGGAAUCCAUUGAGGAGUCAGUCCGACAGCUGGGGGACGUGGAAAGGCUGAUGGGUGUGUCCAUGGCUCAGCAGGAGAGCGCAUCAUUGGCCCAAAUGCUCAAGGCCAAGCAGCAGCGCCAUGAGCGUGACCUUUACGAGUUGAAGAUCAAGGCUGAGAGAGAAGCUCUGGAGACAAAGUUACAACUGGAGGAAAACAAGCAGAGAGUGGCCAGGGCUCAUAUUGAACUGCAGGAAAGCUUGGCGACGACUCAAAAACAGACUUUGGAGGGCCUCCAGGAUGCAACUACAAAGAUGAUGAGUCAACAAGCUGAGGCAGCACGGUACACAGCCGAUGCUGCCCGCCACAUCAAAGAGAUGACAGAAUUGGCGCAGUUGCAGAUCGCAGGAGCUUUGACUGUCCCUCCUGUUGCCACUGAUUCCUCCACGUUGAACCAGCACCAGCGGGGAGAAGAGCAGAGCUUCUAUACAGAGGAGCAACAGGACAAAUCUGAUUCUGACAGCUUCCAGAGUCAGGGGUCAAGCAGAAGGACCAGGCCAGAGGAACCACUGUCUUCGCUGAACAGCCUCAGUCACUCUGACUCUCUAUCCUUCAGAAGACCCACCAUCAGUGGAGCAGACUCUAGCAGCCACCAUAGCACAUCGCAUGUGUCCUCAGACCAUAGGGAGCGGAUGAAAAAAGAGGCGGCGGAGCACAAAUGGAGGAGGACGGAGAGGGAACCCGGCAACAGUUCCAUCGAGGAAGAAGUUCCUACAGCAGCUAAUGACUCCCUCUGCAGUGACAGCAUCCUUUCUGUAGUGGAUGAGAAAGGAGACAGUACAUCAGUGGCCACAGAGUACUCUCUCAAGUUUGAUGAGUCCAUGACGGAAGAUGAGAUAGAAGAGCGCUCCUUCCGCUCUCUGCUGCCGUCUGAGGCGCACCGCCGUGGGACUUUGGAGAAGAAGCCCCGCCACCAUGAGGAAUCAGAGGACGACGGUACCAAUCACAACACGACGUUGGUUCCUGGGGCACACAGUAUCUUAAAGGAUGCGAGCAUUACCUUCUCUGGUGGACAGGACAGCUUUUCCCAGUUCACCAUGGACAUGGUGCGUCAAUACAUGAAGGAUGAGGAGGUGAGACUGCAGCAUCAGAGCUCUCUGCUGCAUCUUCGCCAGAAAGCUCUCAAAGAGAAGACCAGGACCGAGCUUGCUUGGCUCGAACACCAGAAAAAGAGGCUGAGGGACAAGGGGGAGGAUGACAAAAUGCCACCUCUCAGGAAGAAGCAGAGGGGCCUUCUGAUGAAACUACAGCAGGAGCAGGCUGAGAUCAAGCGGCUUCAGGAGGCCAACAAAGCAGCGAGGAAAGAAAGGCAGCUGUUACUAAAGCAGCAGGAGGAGAUUGAGCGGAUGAGAAAUUCUACACUGAGACUGAAGGAGCGUCUCAAAUGUGCUGGGGGUGAAGUGCCAUCUGAGACUCCAGUGUCAGAGACCCCUGUGUCAGAGGCAGCGUCCUCCAACAUGAGGCAUUCUGAUGAUGUCCGCAGCCCCUCUCCCUCGCUCUCCAUCUCUGGAAGUGAGACGAGCAGCAUCAUGCAGAAGCUCAAGAAGAUGCGCUCUCACAUGGAUGAAAAGUUCCUGACAAAGCGGGAGCAGCAGCUGAUGCAGAGGCGUCACCAUGCUGAGGAGCUGCUGCAGUGGAAACAACGGCUGGACCAAGAAGAGGCAGAGGUCCGCAGGAUUGAAAAGGAAGCCCUGGCUGUCUGGGAUAAGGAUCAUGCCAUGUCAGAGAGUCAGAAAAAGGAGAUCUCUGACACUAGUGCCAGUACCAGUCACCACCGAAGCUCAGAGCCAAGAACUGACAGUGAGAAAGAAUAUGUGAGUGAGGGCGACUGUUCCUCAGUGACACCUGAGUCCAGUAUACACACAGAGGGACAGCUGUCCCAGCAAUCAAGAAGCCCAUCCUCAGCACAGCCUGCAUCAGUCCCUGAAACACCUUUGGGCUCCAUCCAGAGCAGCCCUGCAAAUUACUCUCAGGACUUCACUUCAGCUUCACCCAAUGUGGUGUCUUCUCCAUUCAAAGUCAGCCACAGCCCUACUCCCUCUCCUUCGGAUGGCAGCAGCAAAACGAAAAUGCAGCUUCGCUCGUCUUCCAGGACCCCCAACCAGACCCGAAUUCAGCCCACUGACACCCCCGUGGCCACUCAGACUGAACCCAUUUCAGACCAGAGUGACAUAGAGAGUCGUAUCACAGCCCUGAAGGAAGAACUCAGAAAACGAAAGUCUAUGGCCUACCAGCUCAAGAAAGAGCAGAAGAAGAGGAACAAGGAGCGCCUGAAGGCACAGGAGGCUAGCCUACUGAAACAGCUGGAGAACUAUAACAACUUCAUUGAGAAAACAAAGGCAGAACUGAACAAGGAGCCAGACUCAACACCUGAUACCAAGUCCCAGGUCAAAGAUUCCACCUCAGUCGCGGAGCAGUCCAGUAUUAAACUGCAUGCUCACAGGUCCGAAACCAGCAAAAUCUCUGACUCUGAAAGGGUACAAAUUGAUGCUUCAUUAGACCACAAUGCCCUUCCUCAACCAGAUUAUAGUAGAUCCACCUCAGUGCCUGAAGAAUUGUCUGAAGAAGACCUACCAACGGUCACUCCAACCCCAGUACAUGGCAGCCCAGAGGGUCUGACCUCAGCACUGAGGAGCCAUCAGUCCACAGAGAGUCUUUUAAGACCUUCCUCUAAGGAAGCUCAGGCACAGAUAAUAGAGUCUGCGGAUGAGAACCUUGUGUCUGAUCAAAGAUCUGACAUUCAGGAAGAGCUGGAGGUAGAAGUCAGCGACAGGUUGGAGGAUCAACAUUCUGAACGUCUUCUCAAACUAGAAGAGGAAGACCGACUUGACUCCCAGGACAAUCUGUCUACUUCUAACCAUGACUCCCCAUCCAUAAGUAAAGAACAUCCAUCUCUUAGCCUAGAACAAGAAAAACAAAUAAAGAUGAGGGAAUCAUCUGAAUUAGUGGAAGCUGUAAAAUCUAUAAUUGCCUCUAGCAAGUCACAUUCAGCUGCAUUGGAUCUCAAAACCUCACAACAUCGUAGUGUCAGCCCCUCAUUCAGUGACCAUUCCCGUUCCCCUUACUCGGAUGCCUUCUCAUCAAAGGAGGCAGCACCCAUAAAGGAUGUCGAGGCCUCUUCUCCCUUGGCAGAUGGAUAUCAUGAUGACUUUGAGUCAUCAGUGGAUUCAUCGCCCAGGGAGGAGCGUCAUAGUUCCAAGCCCACUUCUCCGAUGUCAGUUUCUCCUACUGAAAUCAAGGGUUCAAUAAAGGACUCCCCUAGCAGGGCCACGCUGUUUGACAGCCAAGACGAGGAGGUAGAGGAGGAAAUAGCUGAAGAACUGAGUCACCAUUCGGGGACUAGUGGUGCUAGCCAUCAAUCUGGAAAACUGUUAGAUCUUCAUAAGCAGACAGAAGACUUAAAGCAUGACAGCAAGAGUUUUAAUUCCAGCCACUCACCCCCCAUCUCUGCUUUGCAGACCCCCCUCUCUCCUGUUGUAGAUGAAAUGCUAAGUUUUAACAUUGGAGACCGAGUGCUCGUCGGCGGUGUUCAACCCGGCACUCUGAGAUUUAAAGGUCCUACCAGUUUUGCCAAUGGCUUCUGGGCCGGUGUGGAAUUGGAUAAGUCUGAAGGCAGCAACAAUGGCACUUACGAUGGGGUGGUUUACUUUGAGUGUGAUGAGUGCCAUGGUAUCUUUGCUCCCCCAGACAAGAUUACACACCUGCCAGACAAAUUUGAGAUCUACACAGACACCACAGAGGACGAGGACUCAUUCUUUGAUGAUCUGUCAGAUAAAGGUGGAGAUAAACGUAAAACAGAUGAGGACAAAUCCUCAAAACAAGGAAAUUUGGAGAAUAAAAAUGGACAAACUUCUCACAAGGACUUUGGGUCUGGAGACAAAAAGGUUACAGAUGAGUCUGAUGCUCCAUAUCAGCACCACACAUCGAAAGGCGUAUCCCACCUCAAUUCACAGCAUCACAAAGAAUCAAAGCCUCCCAUUGCUAAUGGAAAGAGCAGGGACAUAAUCUUGGACUUUGAAGAUGUACCAACCACUCUCCUCAUCUCUGACAUGGACAGGAUUGGCCUCGGGAAGCAGAGUCAGAAGGAGAUUAUUGCCUUUGUUGAGAGUGAAGAUGUAGACUCCAACCACCAGUUAACUCCCACUUCCACAGAUAUCAGGGAUGAUAAGCCAGAACAGAAAGAAAGAGUUAUACUGGACACAUUUGCAGACCAGUUCCUCAACAACUUUGUGAAAGACACAGUGAAGCAGUUUGCUCAGAUUAAAAAGGCUAAAGAGCAGAAGAUAGAAGCUGCCAACCAGAUAAAUGGAGACCUCUUUGAAAAUGUUGAAGAAGAAUGGAUCUCUUCAGUGGAACAAAAAGAUGGUCUGCCUUUCUUUCUGCCUACGGAAAAAGAGGAACUUUCUUCUCCAGAGCUGUGUAACCGACCAGAGAGUCCUGUGUUGGGGGCCAGCGGUCAAGAAGAGCUUGCCAAGCGGCUAGCGGAGCUGGAGCUGAGCCGUGAACUGCUAGAUGAGCUGGGUGACGAUCAGGACUGGUUCGAUGAGGACUUUGGUCUCAGCUCUCGCAGGGAACAGCAGAGGCUCAAACAGAAACAGAGAGAGGAAGAGGAAGAGGCAAAGUUGGGAGGAGCAGCCCUUGGAGGGCUCAUCUCAUCAUCAGGUGGGGAACAGCAGGCAAAGACUCCACCUAGACCUGAGCUUCCUCUUCCCAUGCCUCCUAAACUACCAGAGCAGCCUGCCAUGGUGGUGCCCCACUCAGCCACAGAGGUAGAAAAGAUGGUCCAUGCUGCCACUCAGGAGAUCUGGGACAGCUGUGGCCUGGGGAAGGAGGGAACACCAACAUUUGCAAAACUGCCCUACCCCAAACCUUCACAAGAGUAUUUGGGUAAAGAGGCCAGCAGCCAGGACCAGGAGGGCCUCUGCAUUCGCAGCUACAGAAAGGCUGUGUAUGACCUUACAUGGGAGAUCCUUCAGGAUAUCUAUGCUGAAGACCCCAAUGCUGAUCAGCCUCAGUGGGUCAAACCACGACGUGCCAAGUCCUCCUUUUUCCACAGAGUGAAGACACCAGGAGACAUCACCAAAAUCCAGGAAUUCAUCUCAGCAGAAGUACUGAAAAUGUACGGUCUAACAAAAGAUCACAAUCAGAAGACCGACUGGCAGAAGAUGCUCAAAUUUGGUAGAAAGAAAAGGGACAGAGUCGAUCACAUACUGGUACAAGAACUCCAUGAGGAGGAGGCCCAGUGGGUCAACUACGAUGAGGACGAGCUGUUUGUCAAGAUGCAGUUGGCAGACAGUAUCUUUGAUGCUUUGCUGAAGGACACCGCAAACGUUCUGAGUCUAAUCUCUGAGAAGAGAGCCAAAAGAGGCACCCUCUCCUGACAGCUUUCCUGCUUUGGUUUUAAACUACAACCUCUAGCUCAAUCCCAGUAUUUUCCUCCCCAGUAAAUUCCAGCCAACCCACCACCGCUCGGUCUUCCACCAGCUGAUGUGCCAACAGCAACCCUCAGAUGCCUUCAGUUCCAGCAUUACCUCUCAGCUAAACAACUCCUACUUAUUUCUGUGACUUUGAUUUGCUGAUUUUGCUUCAGCUAAUAGUUUUUGUAAUUUGUUUUACACACAAAACGCCUCUUGAGCAAUCCAGCCUUCUUAAACCGUAACACCAUCUAGUCUCAGUUCUCACCUCCUGCACUGGUCCUUUUGUAAUUGCCAGUUGGAGAAUGAGUAGAUGUUUUGAUAGGAUGGACUGUGCCAUUUGGUUAGCAUUUAGUCCAUCAGUGCUGCUAAGUUUAUUGUUCCAUAGUGUACUGUUAUAUAAAAUCCACUUGGAACAAAAGUAGGUUGUUAUAUUUUGUAUUGAAUCUUAAAGUAAAUAUAUAUAUGGGUUCAAAAAUUGUAAUAAAGUAGCAGAUAGAAAAUAUACAGUGUAGUCCGCAAGUGUUUGGACAGUGACACAUUUUCUGUUGACUUUGUACUCAAGCACAUUGGACUUGAAAUCAAACAGUAACCAUGGAGUUGAGCUUUCAGUGUUUACAUCCAUAUCAGUGUAGUAAUUAUAGCCUUUUUAUUCAUAGUCCACUAAUCUUAGGGGACUGUAAACUUGUAAGCCUUAAAUUUAAAAACAUGACUGAAAUCUAGACGUCAGCAGACUCUCCUCAUCUUCCCUGGUGAUGCCCGUCGCUGUGCUGCUGCCAUCUUUACUUCUUGCUUUUUGGGGGGAAUUUUGCCUUCAGUCCAGUCCUCAGCAACUACAAGACGUGCUCUGUUGGACUGAGGUCAGGUGACUGACAUAGCCAGUCAAAAAUAUUCCAUUGUUUGGUCUCCUGUCAAAAACUCAUCAUCAUGCUGCAUUUGUAUACAUUCCCCUAAUUUCAUUCCCAUACCAAGUAUGGAUGUUUAUUUUAUGGAUGAUUUGACUUCAUAAUUGCUCUAAACAACUAAAAAAUGUGUCACUGAUCUAAAACCUGUAGACUGUGCUGUAGUGAAACGUCACUGAGAUCAGAUAUUGUGUGAAACCUCCUAAAUAUAUUAUUUAUUGUGUGAAAAUGUUUGAUUAAAGGAGAAAGGAACAUUUGGAAUUGUAAAUGAUCUUGUCAAAAUAUAGAGAAGAGAUAAUUUUAACAUUGUGUAAAAUUGUAAAAAAAAAAAAAAAAAAAAAAAAUUGAUAAAAGCACAAACUUUAAUGUGAAUGUGAACAUGGCAAUACAUUAUGUAGGCGAUUUCAAAGAAUGCUAUUGAAACCAGAGAAGAACAUGGGAACAGUUUUAAUAUUUAAAAGUUGUAGUGUUCAUAAUUAGAAACUGUUUGUAUGACUUAUUGUGGCCACAGCUGUCCAGUUGGUCAACACAAUCACUGUGUCCCACUUCUGUGCUAUAUGUUAAUAUUAUGAAGCCUACACAUACGUUACUGUAUGCACUAAUGUUAACCGUUGGAAAACAUCUCAUACAGCCUGCAAGGAGAAUGCUUGUCCACUGAUUUGAGGUUUAUUACUGUUUUUUUUCUGUGCUGUAACUGAAGCUUUUGCACCCCAUUUAAGAUUGUUUUUCACUGUCAAUAGCUCCUCAGUAGUUGUGUGUUCGACUACUCACAUUGUGUGACAGUGUCCCAUCAACACCAUGCUCAAAAAUCCACUUGAGCGUAAAGACACUACAUACUCAAAACACAGAAAUGAUAUAUAUAGUAUGCAAGUGGGACACAAAAGAACGGCAGUAGGCUUGACUUGAUAUUUUUUAGAAUCACAUUUUAGGACCGUACUGAAAUGCUGGAUUUGAGCCUUACUUAUCUUACAGCCCUUUUUCCUCUCUAUGUCCUUCGAAAAAACACCUGUAGUUGUCUCUUCAUCAGUUGUCCUGGUAAAAGUUGCUGUAGCAGAACCGUUUUGAGUAAUUUUCAUUCAAAACACAUAUAGUCGUGUACCAGCAUGGCUGUGAAACAUUUGGCUUCACAGUAAUCGGCAAAAUCGGCAGAAUGUAGCCUGGACAGCAAAGGUAGUUUUUCCUCAAUAUUCGGUUUAAGUGCCUCUUUAAGUUCAGUUUCUAACAAACCGUUUCAAUGUCUCAACAUCUCUUGGACCUAUUUUUCUUUGAAUGUCUCUUUCAACUGCUGUAAACUACCAUUUUCUAAAUGAUCCUGAAAUGACUGCUCUCCCCUCUGACCGGUUUAACAUUACUUCAGUUUCCGCCUUAUCGGUCUUUCUGUAUCAAAGCAUACUGUAGUUGAGGAAGUUUCUUAAACCUUCUCAUUUUCCUGUGCCUCAGCUUGAGGAAAUGUUUGUAUUGCUAACAAAAUGACUCACUCUAAAUGUAAUACCUGCUUCUUUUCCAUGUCAGCUCCUGUAUCUGUCUGUAUAGACACAGCUGAGUCAUUUUAUUGAUACACUGUAUCAGGAACUAGUUUGUGGAGACUCCACACACACACAAUGUCUCCAGCUCACAGCUGCACAGGGCGAGUCACAGGACUAGUGUGGCUGAGCACGUAGGACUGUAUCCAAGGCCUUAUUUUGGUCCUCUGUCAGUGCUGCUUUGAUCCAACAAACUGUGUACGAACUCAUCCUCGUAUGUGUGACAGAGCUUGUUAAUCCUCACUGACUGUUUUGAGCUAAAGUGACCUUAAACUGAGUACUUAUAGUCUUUUUUUUUUUUUCUAUCGUCAAUGUUUUAACUGUUGCUACGAUAUAUGUUCAAACUGUAAGUUAUAUUAUGUAGAAAAAGACCAAAAAGAACAUUUGAUACCAAUCUCUCCAUGCUGUAUGACUUGUAUGUCUGGUCUGUAGGCAUAUGUAAUCUAUAAUGGUUGACAUGAUUUUCUGCCAGGCUUUAUUGCAAACCCUCUAGGAUUGUCCUCUUGAACUGAUUGUAUGUGGGAGGAAGUUAAGUUUCCCCUUUUGUAACUAUGCAGUACUUGGUCUUAUGCAUUAUUUUCUAUGUAUGGACCAAACAGCUCAAACUUCUGCUGUAGUCUGUAGAUUUUAAAAAAUCUUGAAGUGUGAAGCUGUUUGGUGUAAAGUGGAGUGGCUCCUUUCUUCACAGACUUCGAUGGAGCAACUUUAACUUUAAGAGUGUCUUUUGAUCCUAAUAAAUCUAAUGAAUUAAAAAAAAAA